AUGGCAACUCCCUUCACAGACGAUAAAUCCCCAAUAUGCAUCCCCUUCAUCCUCAACCGCCUCCAACUCCACCACCAAGCCAACGCCUCCAGCAGUAACCCCCCGCCGCCUCCCCUCAUCAUCGGCCUCAAUGGCCUCCAAGGCGUCGGCAAAUCCACCCUCGUCGGGCCCCUCGCCGAGGCCCUCGAGCGCAAGGGCAUCCCCACGCUCGUCUGCAGCAUCGACGACUUUUACCUGACGCACGAGCAGCAGCUCGCAUUGGCGCGUGAGAAUCCGGAGAACGCCCUGUGGCAGGUCCGCGGGGAGCCAGGCACCCACGACAUCCCCCUCCUCAAAUCCGUCUUCUCCUCCCUCCUCACCCACACCCCAACCUCCAUCCCCCAAUACGACAAAGCCCUCUUCUCCGGCCAAGGCGGCCGUCUCCCCGCCUCCACCUGGAAACAAGUCAACCAGCAGCAGCCCCCCCAAAACCCCCUCCAAGUCGUCAUCCUCGAGGGCUGGUGCAUCGGCUUCCGCCCCAUCUCCCCCGAAGCCAUCGCCGCGAAACACUCCGCCCCCAGCCGAACUCUCCAGCAGCAUCGUCUCGAGCACCUCCUCGCCAUCAACGAGAAACUCGGCGAGUAUGAUGAUGUGACGCACUUGUUUGACGCUUUUCUGCACAUUGACUCGGAGGAUACCGAGUAUGUCUACGGUUGGCGCCAGGAACAGGAGGACUAUCUUCGUCUGGCGAGGGGGGAUCCCAACGCCGGAAUGACCAAGGAGCAGGUUGUCAAGUUUGUCGACGCCUAUUACCCGGCCUACGAGCUCUACUCCGAGGGUCUUCGGAACGGUCUCUUCACAGACAAGCCGGGUGCUCAGUUGCGGAUGGUGGUUGGACGUGAUAGAAAGGUGAAGCAGGUAAUUGAGAUUUGA